AAAAUCAUAUGCUCACAAAUACGAUGUCACAAGCGCAAUGCAUAAAAUCGAAAAACACACAAUGCUAUGGAGUCCACUGAGGUGUGCUAGCAACACUGUACCGGAGCUAAUCACAGUACUAAUCCUACUGCGCAGAGAUCCGCUAAAUACCCCGAAGGGUCCACUGAAUACCCCAAGUUUUAAGCUUAGGUCCACUUACUCCAUAGCCACAAACACAUACACAUGCCAAACAAAUUCAUAAUAUGUCCAAAAUAAUAUUAGGACUUCCUAUUGAAAAAGAUCAAAGCAUAGUGCGUGAACAGUAAUCGUGAACAAUAAUUCAUAAACAAUACAAUUUACUUAUAAUUUCUGCAGCAAAAAUUCACACCCAAAUCAAACAAUAAAAAGGACUAACUCACUAACUUUCCCAUAUAAGCCCCAAAAUUAAGGAUAUUUCUAAUAAAAGUUUAAUAUCCAAAAAUCUUAUAAACUAAAGGAUUAAAGUCAAAUCUCACCAAUUUAAACUACCCAAAACUCUAACCCAAAAUUCAUAACUAAAACUUAUACUUACCUAAAAAGCACCUCAACCUUGGCUGGAGAAAGAAGGAAGAAAAGGAUGCAGGGGACGGCUGGAAGAAGCAGUACACAUGAUAAAAAAAAUGGGGACUUUUGGGAGCCUUCUGGGGCUUAUCCAAGUCUCACCGACAAUGAAAAAAAACUUGGUUGGGAGAAUGCCAUGUGCAUAGAAGCAAAGGCAAUGAAUCUAGGAAAUUCCUUGCUGGUGCCUUGUGUUCAAGAGUUGGCCAAAGAGUCCUUAACAGCAAUCCCGCCAAGAUACAUCCGAACUGACCAAGAACAAGCGGUUGUUUACGACACCGGCUCGGUACCAGAAAUUCCCGAGAUUAAUAUGCAGAGCUUGCUUUCUGAUGGAUUGAUGGAAGCUGAGACUGAGUUAGCCAAACUUCACUCUGCCUGUAGAGAGUGGGGAUUCUUCCAGCUUGUAAACCACGGAGUGAGCUCGUCUUUGCUGGAGAAAAUAAAAAGAGAGGUUCAAGAUUUCUUCAACCUCCCAAUGGAAGAAAAGAAAAAAUAUUGGCAGUACCCCGGAGAGUUGGAAGGGUUUGGACAGGCCUUUGUUUUUUCGGAGGAGCAAAAGCUUGAUUGGGCUGAUCUAUUUACCAUAUUCACCCAGCCAGAACGUUUUAGAAAGCCCCAUCUUUUCCCUAAGCUCCCUCCUCCAUUCAGGGAAUCAUUGGAACUUUACUCAUUGGAGUUGAAAAAUCUAGCAAUGGCCAUCUUCAAGAAGUUGGAAAAAGCUCUUGACAUGGAAACCGGUGAAAUGGAGGAGUUUUUUGGAGAGAGUUUCCAAGCAAUGAGGAUAAAUUAUUAUCCUCCCUGUCCUCAACCAGAUAAGGUUAUUGGUCUCACUCCUCAUUCUGAUUCUACAGGUCUUACCAUUCUGCUUCAAGUAAAUGAAGUAGAAGGCCUCCAAAUAAAGAAAGAUGGCAAAUGGAUUCCUGUUAAGCCCCUCCCCAAUGCCUUCAUAAUCAACGUUGGAGAUAUUUUAGAGAUCAUAACAAAUGGAGCUUACCGAAGUAUUGAGCAUCGUGCAACAGUUAACUCUGAAGUAGAAAGAUUCUCCAUUGCAACAUUCAACAAUGCAAAAUACGAUGGGGAAAUAGGGCCAGCAAGAAGCUUGGUCUCUCAGCAGAAACCACCGUUGUUCAAGAGAGUGUCAACUGAAGAAUUCUUCAAAGGAAUGUUUGCUAGUAAGCUCAAUGAAAAAUCUUACCUUGAUACCCUCAGACUGUAACAUGCUAAUUAAAACUUGCACCAGAUGAAUGUUGUACUCAUAUAUGUUCCAUGCCGUAGUUGGGAGAUGAUUUAUAUACGUAGAAAUAAAAAGGAAACAAAUGUGAGUCCUUUCUAUAGUUGAAGGAUGAUAGACUACUUCAAUAGUUAGAA